AUGGCCACCCAGAUCAACGACGGAGCUUCCUCUUCUUCUUUCUCUCCCCAAUUCACCUAUGAUGUUUUCUUAAGUUUCAGAGGUGAAGACACCCGCUAUAAUUUUACAAGUCAUUUAUAUCAAGCUUUAUGUGAUAAGGGUUUUAACACCUUUAUUGACAAUGAACUUCCAAGAGGAGAAGAAAUUUCAAUGGAACUUCUUAAAACUAUUGAAUUGUCAAAGAGUUCGGUUGUUUUGUUCUCUGAAAAUUAUGCAUCUUCUAGUUGGUGCUUAGAUGAACUUGUAAAGAUUCUUGAGUGGAGGAAUAACGGACUAUUCGUUCUACCUGUAUUUUACAAAGUGGAUCCGUCAGAAAUUCGUAAACAAAAGGGAAAGUUUGGAGCAGCGCUAACUCAACAUGAAGAAAAUUUGAAGGAUAAUGUGGAGAAGGUUUAG